UGUUUCGGCGUCUCUUCUGUGCGGAGCAAGAUUGCGCGUAAAUCGCAGUGCGAGGCGCGCCCGGUGCGGUCGGGGUUGCGCGUCAGAGCGCGGGUGAUCGCCACGGGCGUGCUGGGAGUUGUCAUGGUGCUGGUGCUGGUCAUUCUCAUCCCGGUUCUGGUCAGCGCGGCAGGACCUGAUUCGCGCUACGAGAUGCUCGGCGCGUGUCGGAUGGUGUGCGAUCCAUACGAAACCAAGGCUCCAUCCUCAGCAACGGCGGACAAUCCGCGCGAUAACCGCUUAGUUCAGUCCCCACCGACUUUCAUACGCGGUCCGAAAGGUGAGCCAGGGCGCUCGGGGAGGAUUGGCCCGAGGGGUCCGCCCGGACCUCCCGGUCCACCGGGGGUCAUAGGAGAGCCAGGACCACCCGGUCCGCCCGGGAUCACCGGUGUCAUAAGCGCGGCGACGUACAACACCAUUCCCAAAAUCGCCUUUUACGCGGGACUCAAGAAGCAACACGAAGGCUACGAGGUGCUCAAGUUUGAUGAUGUGGUCACCAACCUGGGCAACCACUAUGACCCCUCGACCGGUAAAUUCACCUGUUCCAUCCCGGGGAUCUACUUCUUCGUGUAUCAUGUGUUAAUGAGAGGAGGUGAUGGGACCAGCAUGUGGGCUGAUCUGUGUAAGAAUAACCAGGUGCGUGCAAGUGCAAUAGCACAGGAUGCGGAUCAGAAUUAUGACUACGCCAGCAACAGCGUGAUAUUACACCUGGAGCCUGGCGAUGAGAUCUACAUUAAACUAGAUGGGGGCAAAGCGCACGGGGGAAACAACAACAAAUACAGCACGUUUUCAGGCUUCAUGGUCUACGCCGAUUAA